UUUUUCUCAACUCAGGUCAGUGUUGUGACAAAUUUAGAGAAUUUUGGACUCUCCAGACAGUCAUCACUUAGGAGAAAAAGGGGGUAAAUGGCGAAUUUGCAGGGAAAACUAGAGGCUGAAGUCGAGCUGAAAUCACCAGCCGACAAAUUCUUCAAGUUUUGGAGGAGCGAAACCCACAAAAUGCCCACCGUCACCUCCAAACACAUUCAAGGAAUCAAAGUUCAUGAAGGCGACUGGGAUCAGCAUGGAGCUAUCAAGAUUUGGAAUUACACCGUUGACGGGAAAUCCGGGACGUUCAAAGAGAAGGUCGAGUUCGACGACAAUGACAUGUCAGUCACCCUCCACGGCAUCGAGGGCCACCUCUACGAUGAGUACAAGGUCUACAGGCCAAUAUGCAAGGUCGUCCCAAAGGGGCAAGGCAGCGUGGCUAAGCUGAGCAUCGAGUACGAGAAGUACAAGGCGAGCGACCCUAACCCUGACAAGUAUAUGGCCGUCUUCAUCGACAUGACCAAGGACAUUGAUGCUCACGUUUCAAGCGCAUGAAGGAAAAUAUCAUGGCAUGACCAUGAUCGUAUGUGAGGUUGCGCUAUGGAAUGCUUGAGAUUUCUAGUACUUUGAUCCAAUAAAUCAAGCUGGGUGAUCAGGUGAUGUGAAGCUGAGCUGGUACUUGGGAAUAUGAGAAAUCGUGUAUCGUGUCCAUGUACAAUCGUGCUUGUAACAAUACACUUGUGGUUUUGGCCAAAUGACAUGGUUACAGUGAAGUUAGUACGUGCUUUGAUUUGAUCCCUCCA